UUAAAAGUUUUAAAUUAAAAUUUUUAAUCAGAAAAUAAUUAAUCAAAUUUUCAAUUGAAUUUGAUUUGAUUUUAGAUUUUUCUUAGUAAGUACAAUGCUGUACAUGCGUGUUGUCGAAAAGUCGCUGUUUCUGCAAAUAAGGCGAUUUCGUUGUUUUAAUUUAAUUCAAGUUUGUUCCAACUUCCUACUUCGUCUUCCUCGUCAAUGCUCUGGUAAGAAGAAGAAGAAGAAGAAGAAGAAGAAGAAGAAGAAGAAGAAGAAAGGAAGAAGAAGAUGUUGGAGAAGAUUGGAUUGUCGGCAAAGCCAUCAGUGAGAGGGAAAAAUUGGGCGGUUGACGCUUCUCAUUGCCAGGGCUGUUCUUCUCAGUUCACCUUCAUCAAUCGCAAGCAUCACUGUCGACGGUGUGGGGGCCUAUAUUGUAACAGUUGUACCCUGCAUAGAAUGGUUUUGCGUGGACAAGGUGAUUCGCCGGUUCGUAUUUGUGAACCCUGUAAAAAAUUAGAAGAGGCAGCACGCUUUGAGAUGCGACAUGGCCCCAAAAGUAGGUUGGGAAGAGGUGGUUCAAGACUGACACCAAAGUAUGAAGAUGAAGUUCUAAACCAGAUUCUUGGUGAGGAUGAAAAGCGAUCUUUUUCAUUAGCACAGGAAUCUGCCAUCAGUGUCACUUCAGGUAUUCCAAAGGCAACAAGCAGUGCCUCAUGCUCAAAUAUUCAAAAUGUUGCAACUCAGGAUGAUGGGGGAGAGGUGCUUAAGAGUCACUCUGUGGAUGAGCCUAAUCAUGCGAUGGGUGAGAUGGGAUCUGCUAGUCCCGAAGAAUUACGUCAACAAGCUCUGGAUGAAAAGAAAAAGUAUAAAAUUCUGAAAGGGGAAGGGAAAUCCGAUGAAGCCCUAAAAGCAUUUAAGAGGGGAAAGGAGCUUGAAAGACAGGCUGGGGCUUUGGAACUACUAUUGAGAAAAAAUCAUAGGAAGGCACUGUCAUCCAGCGGCAUUGCGGAAAUUCAGAAAAUCAAAGAUGUCCCGAAAGAACCUGAGAGAAAAAAUAAGCAUUCUCCUCAAACGGGUAAAGAAAAAGAUGAACUUGCUGCAGAACUUAGAGAACUGGGGUGGUCUGAUGCAGAUAUUCACGAUGGAGACAAAAAACCAACCAGUAUGAGUUUGGAGGGUGAACUUUCCACUCUUCUUGGAAAAUUUUCCCAAAAGACUAAUCCUGAUAAUGGAACUCAUACCGUGGACAAGACACAGGUCAUUGCUUUAAAGAAACAAGCCCUCUUGCUUAAGCGUCAAGGGAAGCUCACUGAAGCUAAGGAGGAAUUAAAGAGAGCUAAAAUUUUGGAAAAGCAACUUGAGGAACAGGAAUUUUUGGUUGAGGCUGAAGAUUCUGAUGAUGAGAUAUCCUCUUUAAUUCGUAGUAUGGAUGUUGAUAAACACGAUGAUCUGUCAGUUGGGAAUGAUCCAGUUCAUGGUUUUGAUUUAAACCACCUCAUGGGUGUUGGUGAUGAUUUCAGUGUGGACAAUUUUGAAGUGACAGAUGAGGAUAUGGAUGACCCAGAAAUGGCAGCUGCACUGAAUUCCUUAGGUUGGACUGAAGAUUCUAAUCAACCAGAGGGGAUGAUUUCUGAGUCCACCCCUAGUGAUAGAGAGGCAAUAUUAAGUCAAAUUCAAUCUUUAAGAAGGGAGGCUGUAAAUCAAAGAAGCACCGGUAAUGCUGCAGAUGCAAUGCAACUGCUAAAGAAGGCAAAAAUACUUGUAAGGGACUUAGACAAUUCUGUUUCUAAAGGAAACAGCUCAAUCGCAGACAAUCCAAAUAUUGUUCAGAAGGAUUCAAACUAUCAAACUGCUAAGAAACCAUCAAGUUCUGAUAAGGUAUAUGACAUAAAUGCUUCUCAAAAAGAAGAAUUGAAUUCUAAACUUGCUCCAAAGAGUAAAUUAGUGAUACAAAGAGAGCUCUUGGGCCUGAAAAAGAAGGCUCUUGCUUUGAGAAGGGAAGGAAGGAUUGAUGAGGCAGAACAAGAACUAAAGAAAGGGAAGGUUCUUGAGCAGCAGCUCAAAGACAUGGAUAAUGCUUCAAAUGUGAGGGUUGUACCUGCUGAUGUUAGUAAUGAUACACAUGCUGAUAUUUCUAGUAGUCUGGGUAGUGCAGAUGAAGGAGAAGAAGGGGAUGUAACAGAUCAUGACAUGCAUGACCCAACAUACCUCGCGCUUCUAAAGAAUUUGGGUUGGAAGGAUGAUAAUGGAGUUGAUAUAUUUCCAUCAAAUGUUUCUAGACAGAGUGAUAGUCCUCCUGCGCAGUUCAUUAAUUCCUCUCUUGUCCAAAACCCUUCUAGUACCCAAAGUGGAAUAUCUAGAAGUAAAGCUGAAAUACAGAGGGAACUUUUAGGCUUGAAAAGAAAGGCCCUUGAACUUCGACGUCAAGGAAACAUUGAGGAUGCAGAGGAAAUGCUGAGAAUGGCGAAACGAUUGGAGGCUGAAAUGUCAGACAUGGAAGAAUCAAAGAAAGAAAUUCUUGUUGAAUCCCACAAAGAAAAUGUGACUUCUAGAUCUCCCCUUGAAAGUGCUGCUGAUGAAGAGGAUGUGGAGGAUGUUACAGAAAAAGAUAUGCAAGAUGCAUCACUCCUCUCAAUGCUGAAAAAAUUGAGGUGGAAGGAUGAAGUGGCUGAUGUAGAGUCAAAUUCAAAGCAGAAGGAUGAAGCGGUUGAAACUGUAGAUGCAAAACCAACUUCGGCCUUUGUUUCUCAGACCAUUCAAAAUUCCCUUCGGCAGGAAAUCCUGGCUCAUAAAAGGAAGGCAGUUUCUCUGAAGAGAGAAGGGAAAUUGGCAGAUGCUCGAGAGGAACUUCGGCAGGCAAAGCUGUUGGAGAAGAGUAUAGAGGAAAGUGAUCCUCAGCCCAGCACCAGUGCCAGUGAUGUGCCAAUUUCUACUUCUAAUGUUACUGCUGGUGGGCAGACUGAGCACAUUUCAUCUAAUUUAAGACCAUUGUCUGCUCGAGAUCGUUUCAAGUUGCAACAGGAAUCUCUUGGCCACAAACGUCAGGCCUUGAAGCUGCGUAGGGAAGGCCGGAUGGAUGAAGCAGAAGCUGAAUUUGAAUUAGCCAAGGUGCUUGAAGCCCAACUGGAAGAGUCAGCUGCCCAUGAUGCCACAAGGGCUUCAGUGAAUAAAGCAACACCAGUAGAUGAUAUGGGUGUUGAGGACCUUCUGGAUCCCCAACUUAUGUCUUCCUUGAGAGCAAUUGGAUUCCAGGAUGAGAAUACUGUAUCACACAGCCCUGAAAAAUCAGAGCCUGAGAAACUCACUGUUAAGAGUGAAAAUUCUAGCCAAGAGAGAGUCAAAAGUGAAAACUCUAGUCAAGAGAGUGCGAAACUGGAGGAACGUAUUAAGGCAGAGAAGUUGAAGGCAGUAAAUUUGAAACGUGUGGGAAGGCAAGCUGAGGCAUUGGAUGCUCUUCGACAGGCAAAAUUGCUUGAAAAGAAGCUGAACUCAUUACUUCAACAAUGAAAUACAUUAUGAUGUCCUGUUUAAUGAGUGAGAGCAUCUUCGAGAUUUGGACUUGAAUUAAAGUCCAUGGUUUUGAUGCCAUGGGACGAUGUGUGGAAAUGGCUCCUAGACAAAUGGAGGGAGAAAAAUGAAAAUUAAAUACCCCUUCCUUGAGAGCUUAUAUUUUAUUUGGAUUGGAAGAGAGGUUGUUAUAAAAAUGUAUCAUUAGUUUUAGUUAUUGAUGGUUGCCUUUUGUUAGUCAAUAGACAGAUACGAUUGUAUUUACUUCUUAAACAAUUAGAGUUUGUUAAAAUAUAUUCUGUUUGUUGUCUGUUAGUUGCUGCAGUUGUUCUUCACGUUCAGCACUUAACAGUUUAUUGUUUAUGUAUAGUUUUUCUGUUGUUUAGUUUUAUUGUUUAGUUUUCGUGUAUAUAUACUCUGCUAUAUACAAUGAGAAGAUAAGAGAAAAGAGAAUAAGAAUUUGAGUAGCUUUUCACGCA